AUUUUGAAUCCAUUUAGCAGAUGCUGUAAAUAGCAGAAUGUCAGCUGGUGUUCACUAGCGCUCCCUGGUGCCUGUGGUGCGGGUGCGCUAAUAACGGGACAGCAGGUUCAACCGUCAUCCCACCGGUGAAUGAACAAUAGCGCGUCGGAGUUCUGUGCUUUAUUAUUUGAGUUUGGCUUAAUUCUGACUAUAUUUUUAAAGCACAGCGACUUUUUUCCUAUCCAUUUAUUAUUGUAACCGAGCGCCAUGGCGAUUGCCCACGUAGCAACAGAAUACGUUUUUUCGGACUUUUUGUUGAAGGACCCCACGGAGGCAAAAUACAAAGGAAUGCGACUGGAGCUAGCCGCGGACAAAAUAGUGACGUUUCUGGCUGUGGGACUACCUUUGUUUCUCAUCUCGCUCGCUUUUGCUCAGGAGGUGUCUGUUGGUACACAAAUCAGCUGCUUUGCUCCCACUAACUUCUCCUGGAGACAGGCAGCGUAUGUGGAUUCAUUUUGCUGGGCAGCAGUACAACAACAGGAUGAUGGCUCACCAUUAUGGCUUCACAAGUUCUUUCCAUAUAUCCUGCUCUCACUGGCCAUCCUUGUGUACAUCCCUGCCUUAUUCUGGCGCUUCACUGCAGCCCCACAUCUCUCCUCGGAUCUCAAGUUCAUAAUGGAAGAGCUUGACCGCUUUUAUAAUCGGGCCAUUAAACUGGCAAAAAAUUUGGCAUCAUUGGAUUCUAAGGAUAAAGAUGCUUCACCGGAAACACAGAGCAGUGCUUUGGAGCUGGCUGAGGGUUGCUUCAAAUACCCUUUAGUUGAGCAAUAUCUCAAAACCAAGCGCUUCUCUCACCGCCUCGUGGUCAUGUACUUGGCAUGCCGAGGCUUGACUCUGAUCAUCCUGCUGCUCGCCUGCCUCUACCUGGGAUACUACAUCCAACUGGCUUCCCUUACCGAUGAGUUUGCUUGUGACUUGCGCACAGGGGUGCUGACUAACGACAGCAGGGUACCCUCGGCCGUUCAGUGUAAGCUUGUGGCAGUGGGGGUCUUCCGGCUACUCAGCUACAUCAACCUCGGGGUGUAUGUGCUGCUCACCCCGCUGGUGGUGUACGCCGCCGUCGGACCUGCACGUCAGAGUUCCAACUUCCUGCGACCUUAUGAGAUGCUGCCAGGCUUUGGCGUUUUGGGGCUCACUACACCCUUCUACAACGACCUCAGCAUCUAUCUGCUCUUUCUGCAGGAAAACCUAAGUGAACUGAAAUCCUUCAAGUGUCUGCAGGUGCUUGAGUUGUUGCAAGAAGCUGCUGAUGAGGGCCUUGAUACCAUGUGCCUUCUGCGAACUCUGGGGCAGGUGAAGACAGAUGUAGUGGACUGUAAGAAGGGAUGUCCAAGAAACAAAGCUAAGCCUAAGGAAGUCACACCAUAAUUCCAAUGAGCUCUUUCUACCUGGUUAACCCAGUCCUCCUGUGAACAACAACUGACCUGAUCUUGGCUGGUAGUUUGGAAUGUAAUGCAUUUAAAAUAUCUUGGUUUGUUUUAAUGUCUUAGAUAAUACUUGAAUUGACUGUAAUACAUUCUCAUGACAUUGUUUCCAUUAUUAGCACAGCUAAUCCAUUAUAAGAAAGCAGAUAUCAAUUAUAUUUGCAAUGGAUUGUGCCAUUGUAUGUCUCUGACUGCAGAUUAGCCUAAAGGUUAGCAUUUCUGCCUUAUAUCUCUGAUGUUCGGAAUUUGAAGCUCAGCUCUGGCUCCCCUGUCUAAUAAGAGUUUUGAAAUGCUUAUCAUUAUCUGAACAUCAAUUUGGUCAGUUUUCACAAGCCUCAGACUUUUUUUUAGGUCACUGUAAAUGUUGUUUACUGUAAUAACUCGGUCUUCAAGUGUUUUUCAUUUUGUGGUCAGACACCAUUGUUUAUUAGAGAUGUGAACAGUGGUGGAGUCAAGAUUUCUUUUUUCUAACACUUAGUACUGCUGCAAGCAAGUGUACUGUAUUAUAAAACGUUGAGUGCUUCUGUAACUAACUGUACUGUUAGACAUAAUGAUGUGUAUUUAUUUUAUAGUGGACAGCCUACUCAACGAUUUUUUUUUUUUUAAAUCAGUGAUGUUUACCUCUUUUAUAUUUGUACAGCACUGUGUUUAAUCUCAGGUGACAGAAAGGGAACCUAUAGUAAUAGUAACUGCCAUUGUAACAACUAGUUUUGAUGGGAUGUCAAUAACUAUGCAUUUCUUAAUGCAUGUAAAAUCCCACUAACAUAUGCAUGUUGAAAAAUCAACAUCCUUGGUACAGUAAUAAAAUUAUGGAUGGGAAUAGCAUACUACAUGAAUGAAAUGACCAGUUUACAAUGCUCAAUUAAAACUGCUAUUCACUAUACAUGUAUGUAAUGGCAUUUUUAUUACCAAAUAUACAAGGAAAUAUA